ACCUAGCCGUUUUUGAUCGAGACAACUCGCACAUUCAUUUUGAUCUCUCAGUUUCUUCUAAUUAUUAUUUUCUAUAAUCGUAUGAUCCCGAACAUGAGAAGCAUUCAUAUUGGUUGGCCCGAGUUGAAAUCUCCCUUUGGAAGGCCACUAGGUUAUCUUCUCAAUAGCUUAUAUUCUUCUUAUUUUUCCCGUUCAAAAGGCAGAUCUCGGAAGGAAAUUAGCGUCAAUAGCUUGUCAAGCAAGUCAAGCGUGAAUGAAGAAUACACGGAAGCUCUCAGAACGAAGUCUUACAUAGAAAUAUGGAACAAAGCUCAAGGUCAGCUGGGAAGUACAAGCAUUAUAAGCAGCCUCUCUUCAUCGUCGUCUACUCUUCCUCUCUCUAUGCAUCUCUCCGAAUAUUUACUCGAACCACGCCAAGAAACCCUAGUGGAAAUGAUGGAAGGCAUGAACCUACACCACCUUCUAAUUGACUUUUUUGAAGCCAGCUUAGAAGCGUGUAAAGUCUGUGAAUUACUCCUUCAAAGCAUCCAUCAAACACGUGCUAAUUACAAGAAAAUCAAAAGGGUAAUCAAGCUAAGCAGAAGUGUGCAUGAUGAUCGUGCAGAUCAUAAUUACACUGAUAAACAAUGCCGGGCUAUUUCUGGCGAGCUUGCUGCCUUUGUAAUGUUGAAAAACCCAUUAUUGAAUACUGGUGCAGUACAAUUUCGUGACAUUCGUGAUGGCCACAUGAUAUUGCUCCGGAGGCUAACAUCAAAAUACAGAAAGAUAAAAAGGAGAGAGAGACUCCGUAGAAUUUGGAAGAAGGUUUGUGGGACUGGUCUUUUUAUUUCACAGAGCGCACUUCUGAUUCUGCUGCUAAUCUGUGCACUCCAUGGCAUGGUUGGAAUCGUGGCAGCCCCAGCGCUCUUUGCUUUUUCCUUGGGUUUAUCUUGGAAGAAAAGGAAGGGGGCUUGCGGAGGCCGGCUCAAGAAAAGAUUGCCUGAAAGAGUUAGUGGGCAACUUGAUGUUGCCGCCAAAGGGGUUUACAUAUUGAUCAAUGAUUUCGAUACAAUGAGCAGGAUGGUUAUGAGGUUAAAUGACGAGGUAGAGCACCGGAAAUCUGUUGCUGAUGUGUGUGUUAGAAAUGGGAAAUCUGAAAUAUUAAAGGAGGUUGUGAGGGAGUUUCAUGUCCAUGAGUCAAGCUUUCUGGAGCAGUUAGAAGAGCUUGAAGAACACAUCUACCUGUGCGUUCUCACAAUAAACAGGUCCAGGAGUCUUGUAAUUCAAGGGAUAAUGGCGGCCCACCAUUGACACGUACAGAUAUUAAACGUGCAAAAACUGAAAUAUACAUAUGCAUGGUGGAUGACACUAAGACGGUCAAUUUUGAGAUGGAGAUUGCUGUGGAAUAAAGGUUAUUCAUCACCAAGGAAGAGUUCAAUUUAUUCAAGCGCUAAUUUCUAAGCCCGUCAUUCUUUUGUAAUUAACAUAAUGCCAAAAAUAUGGCUUUAAGACAAGUCAAUUAUUAGAAUUCAAUUGCUAUACAUUCCAUUGGGAUCGUAUUCAAUUCGCACCCGAACU